AUGUCUGGUCUAGAUCUUCUUGAUGCAGAUGUUGGAGUCAUGGCUCCAAACCCUGCUGCCGUAUUUGGCAAUAUCGCCAUGAAUGGCGAUGAAUACGUACGAUGCAACCGUUGUGGAUACGGUGGCUGUGAUGUACGGACGCAAGGUUGCGGGUGCACACUUCAUGCGAGAUGCGUUGUGAUUCCUGCAGGCGGCAAGCUGACACACUGCGCAAGCUGUCACACACCGACAGCUGGGCUUGUUCUGUUUCCCAUGUCCUUCCGAGAGAUUGACGAGGCUCGCAAGUCUGCGUCUCUAUCGGUGGCUCGGGGAAAGGGACGAAAGAGGAAGUCAGGAGAUGCCGAGGUUGAUGCUUCUGGUGCUUAUGUCUCUGAACGCAGAACUGGUCGUUGGACCACUGAAGAGAUGGGGUACUGUGACAAGCUCAUCCAAAAGUUUGAGUCUGGGGAACUGCCUCUUUGUGAUGGCAUCAAAUUGAACGAAUUUCUUGGAAACAUGCUUAAGUCCAAGCAGUCUCGUUUGACCAAGAAAAUGAAAAAUGCCAAGCUCAGCUCAAGAACCUUUCAAUCUACGGCCGCCGGGCUUGUAGACAUUAACGAGGCUCGUGAGUUUUCGGAGCUCGAAGAAGCUUUUUUUCAGUCUCUUUCUUGUUCUCAGGAGCGUGCUGAAAUCAAGUUUCACAUGCAACGAGAGUGGCGUGAACAAUUCAGUGCCCACUGUGUUGCUGCCGGUGUCCGUCUGGAUGCUGAUGCUUGGUUGAACAGUGUCGAAGAAAUGGAUCGACGAUCUUCUGAAGCAAGGGAUGCUGCCAAGAUGGCAAGAAGAAAGUUGAUGAUGGGCUUUGCAUUAAGGACUGAUGCCAAGAAUCCUGACCAAGGUGUCUUUAUUGAAAGAACCGAGGCCGAUGACAGAGUCGCUGAGGGCACCAAUGGCCUCGACGAAACGAAUGUUUCGGAUCAUCACUCUAUGCUUCAGUCACUUGCAAAGGAAGCUAGACGAAGCUCUGACAUCAAUGGCAAAAGCAGUCUUUUACAUUCUGCUCCAUUUUUGUCCAAGGUCAUGGGUUACAUGCAACGCCACAAUGUUCCUUUCGAACAUGUUGACCUUUGGGUGCCAUCCUUUAUCCCCACUGAGGAUCACGCGAGCGCUCCAGCCAAUUGUCGGCUUUGCUUUGCAGGAAGCUCCACUGUCGAUGACUGUGUGGGCGCUGAUGGAAAGACAAGAAAGGCUCUGAGCACAGAUGCCCACUUCAAUCUUUUCGCAUUUGGCGACUACAGCCAAAAGUUUUCUUUUGAUGUCGGGUGCGGACUUCCUGGCCGUGUCUACGAAAGUGGCCGUCCUACUUGGGAACAAAGCGUGCAGAACGCACCGCACAAUCACUUUGAAAGAUGUGGUGGUGCACUACAAUGGGGAAUUAAAACAGUUCUUGGUAUUCCAAUUGCCAGUCCAAAUGUGGGUCGCAUCGUGGUGAUCUUGUAUUCUUGCCACGAUCGUCCAAAGGACCAAGAGCUGGUUGGGCGAUUGUCGGACGAGUUCACAAAGCUUCUACCAUCCCCCAAAUGGAAGCUGGUUGUCGACAUUGGUGAAGACGACCCGCUUAUGCCUUCCCCGUCCCCUACUGCACAAUCGAAUGCACAAUCGAAUUCGAUUUCAAGCACUCUUGAUCUUUCGAGCAGUGACCCUGUGCAGGAAAAUCUUGCUGCCAGUAUGCCUGUCGGGAAGGAUCACAGAAUUGACGAGAUCGUUUCGUUGCUUGGAGAACUCAUGCCCUCUGAUCCAAACUCACCACUGGCGCCAUAUUUGCCUGGGUUUAUGUCUUUGCGGUUGUUGCUCCUUCGAACAACACGAACUGCAGACGAAGAAGAACACGCAAGGACCACACUCGACUCUUACACUUCCUACUCCCAAAGCGGAAGGCAACGAGCAGAGAUCGGUGUCAUGCUUGCACGCGAUUACAUGUUCCUUUCUCAACAAAAAGCCACUCAACCUUCCCCCAGUUUUUUUAGCGUAGGGCAGGGCUUGAAUAAUUCUCAGAACCCAUCUCAGAACCAAGCGCUGUCCGGAUACUCAGUUUUUGACGUUCACAACUCACCCACCCUGGGUCCAAUUUCGAUUGCGGAUGCACUUUCCAUUGUUUCAAAUUAA